AUCGACUGAAAAAGAGUUCCAAAGAAGGAAAGUACCUUCCAGAUACACUUGAUAUAGCUGCGUGGGUGAAGGUAUCUAAUGCUCUGAUGAAUGAGCGGAAACGCAUCCUCAGUAACCUUGAUAAUGUAUUGCGUUUAACCUUCAUGUCUGUACAUACGGAACACCAGAACCAAGGAGUUGGUUCAUUCAUGAUGGAAUGGAUUUGUCAAGAGGCAGACCGACACAAUAGACAUAUGUAUGUGCUGGCAUCGCCAGCAGGCGUCCAUCUAUAUUUAAAGUUCGACUUUGAGACUGUCGGCCAGGUAGAUGCAGGAAAGGGCGUGAUCACAAGUAUGUUACGGAAAAGCAGA